AGCAACAGAGGUGGGGCUGGUGGUGGCUGUGACAGACUGAAGGGUCAGAGUCAAGAUGACCCGGGAGAAAAAAGUGGAGGCUGAAUCAAAGAGCUCUGUAAACAAAUUAAGGUACCAACGAAGCCGCCUUCUCUAACAGCCUGGGCCCUCGGCAUUACACUCUCAGUGUCUGGAAGGUUCCGAGGAGAACAGGAACGGGAUUUUGUUCAGGCUGAGGUAGAGGCCCUUCAGGGACACACAUGAAACGGCCUGGUCAACAGCUGGAUAGUUCCAUCUGAACAUCUGGAGCUGGGGACAAAGAGGAGCGUCCCUGGCAGUGUGUGCAGCAGGGUAAGUCCUGUGGAGGAUGAUCACCCAGCUCCCUCUCUGAGAGGCAGCUUCCAGCUCCCUCUUCUCUCCUCUCUCUCAUCGCUCGGUCGGGCCGCGGUGUUCCCUCGAGUCCAAGCGUCCUUUUUCGUGUAGCCUGUCUCCGCUACUGCCCGGUGGCAUCAUGGCUGUGUUUGUCGUCGCUCUCCUGGCCUUGCAGGUGAUGGGUACCUUAGGGAAUGAAUUUAGCAUAUUAAGGUCGCCAGGGUCUGUUGUUUUCCGAAAUGGAAACUGGCCCAUACCAGGAGAUCGAAUCCCAGACGUGGCUGCAUUGUCCAUGGGCUUCUCAGUAAAAGAAGACCUAUCUUGGCCAGGGCUUGCAGUGGGUAACCUGUUCCACCGGCCACGGGCUACCAUUAUGGUGGUGGUGAAGGGAGUGGACAAACUGGCUCUGCCCGCGGGCAGUGUCCUCUCCUACCCUUUGGAGAAUGCAGUUCCUUUCAGUCUCGACAGUGUUGCGAAUUCCAUCCACUCCUUAUUUUCUGAAGAAACUCCUGUGGUUUUGCAGUGGGCUCCCAGUGAGGAAAGAGCAGAUAUGGUGGGGAAAGCAAACUCUGUUUUUGAAGACCUUUCCGUCACAUUACGGCAACUACGUACUCGUCUGUUUCAAGAAAACUCGGUCCUCAACUCUCUUCCCCUCAGUUCUCUGAGCAGGAAUAAUGAAGCUGACCUGCUCUUCCUUUCUGAACUGCAAGUGCUGCAUGAUAUUUCCAGCUUGUUGGCUUGUCAUAAGCAUCUAGCCAAGGAUCAUUCUCCCGACUUGUAUUCAUUGGAGCUGGCGGGAUUGGAUGAACUUGGGAGGCGCUAUGGGGAAGACUCUGAACAAUUCAGGGAUGCCUCUAGGAUCCUUGUGGAUGCUCUCCAGAAGUUUGCAGAUGACAUGUACAGUCUCUACGGUGGGAACGCAGUGGUAGAGUUAGUGACUGUCAAAUCAUUUGACACGUCGCUUGUGAGGAAGUCAAGGGCCAUCCUUGAGGCAAAACAAGAGACCGCCCCAAAUCCCUAUAACCUUGCCUAUAAGUAUAAAUUGGAGUAUUCAGUGGUUUUCAACUUGGUACUGUGGAUUAUGAUCGGCUUGGCCUUGGCUGUGAUCAUCACCUCUUACAACAUUUGGAAUAUGGAUCCUGGAUAUGAUAGCAUCAUUUACAGGAUGACAAACCAGAAGAUUCGGAUGGAUUGAGUUUUCCUUACGCUGCACUUAGAUAACAGGUUUUGGGAAUUGGCUGUUCUGUUAAAGUAUAUCUUUUAGUAUG